GUUUGUUUGUACACAUCCCGCCCUGAUAAAAAGCAGCACACGCGCAGACACAAGCGGCAAAAUUUCAUCAGCGAACCAUAGUAACAUCAGCUUUACCGUGUUUUCACCAGUUUCCUGUCGGUAUAAACAACAAAAGAAGAGUAAAGGUCCUAAUCUGAUGCUACUGUGACCACAGACCUGCCUCUUCCUGUUCUGUGUGGUUGAAGGACACCUGCACCAGAAGACUGAUUAAAAACAAAUUCUUCUAACUCCAUCCCCCCAAACAACUUCUGCUCUCUGUCCUCUCACUUGUGUGCCGUUUAAACUGUGUCAAUCACACACCCACACUUGAAGGAAUUAAAACACAUAGCCUGCUUCAGCACCCACGCUCAGUCACAGCAAAUAUGGCCAGCAAGCUGUCCAAGUUUGGCAAAUCCCUGCUGCGUCGCCGGGCUUUGGACUGCUCUGGUGAGGAGACCAGAUUUGCCCGCUGCCUGUCCACUUUGGACCUAAUUGCAUUGGGAGUGGGCUCCACACUUGGUGCUGGUGUUUACGUCCUCGCUGGCGAGGUCGCCCGUGAGAAAGCAGGGCCCGCAAUUGUCCUCUGCUUCCUCAUUGCUGCGCUGUCCUCCAUGUUGGCUGGCCUGUGCUACGCUGAAUUUGGUGCCCGCGUCCCCAAAACAGGCUCUGCGUACCUUUACAGUUAUGUGACAGUUGGAGAAAUCUGGGCCUUCAUCACAGGGUGGAACCUCAUCCUCUCCUAUGUGAUAGGCACAGCCAGUGUGGCCAGGGCAUGGAGCUCCACAUUCGACAACCUUGUUGAACAAAAGAUCUCUGACUUCUUCAAAGCCUCCAUGGCAAUGGAUGUUCCAGGUGGGGUCCUGGCCAAGUACCCUGACCUGUUUGCCCUCAUCCUGGUCCUCCUACUCACAGGACUCCUGGCCUUUGGCGUGAGUGAGUCGGCGCUGGUGAAUAAGAUUUUCACAGGCAUCAACCUGGUGGUUCUGGGCUUCGUUAUCAUCUCUGGCUUCGUGAAAGGCGACACAUCCAACUGGAAUCUGACGGAGGAGGAUUACAUCGGUUACAAAAAUAGCACCAACAGCAGCAUGCCUUUUCCAGUCAAGGAGCAGUUUGGUGUGGGUGGCUUUGCUCCGUUUGGCCUCUCUGGAGUCCUGUCUGGUGCUGCCACUUGCUUCUAUGCAUUUGUGGGCUUUGACUGUAUCGCUACAACAAGUGAAGAAGCAAAGAACCCGAUGCGGUCCAUACCCGUUGGCAUCGUGGCCUCACUGCUGAUCUGUUUUUUCGCCUACUUUGGCGUGUCUGCGGCUCUGACUUUGAUGAUGCCGUACUACACCCUGGACAAGCAGAGUCCUCUGCCCGAGGCCUUCAGCUACGUCGGCUGGGCUCCUGCCCGAUACAUCGUGGCUGUGGGUUCUCUCUGUGCUCUGUCCACGAGUCUGCUAGGCUCAAUGUUUCCCAUGCCUCGAGUGAUUUAUGCCAUGGCAGAAGACGGGCUGCUGUUCCGUGCUCUGUCCAAGAUGAACACUCGCACAAAGACCCCGCUGAUGGCUACCAUUGUUUCUGGGGUUGUUGCUUCUCUCAUGGCCUUCCUGUUUGACCUGGCUGCUCUGGUUGACCUCAUGUCUAUUGGUACUUUGUUAGCGUACUCUUUAGUGGCCAUCUGCGUCCUCAUCCUCAGGUACCAGCCAGGCACACUGAAUUCAUCCAGCCAGACCGAGAAACUGGUGGAACUGGUCGGAGGAGAGAAGGUGGCUGUCAGUGGCGCGGACAGCGGCGACGAAGAGUACGACAUUGAGAUCGAGGAGAGGCCUCUUCAAGAGACCUUCACUCUCAAGCUGCUCUUCUUCCCAAGUGGAAAGACCCCGACAAAAACCUCUGGGACCAUCGUCUAUGCUACCACUGCUAUCGUUUCUGUUCUCAUCACCGUCCUGUGCAUCAUCCUCGCCAAAUCCCUGAGCCAGCUGCUGGCUGUACAUGCAGCUGUCCUGGUGCCCUGCGUCAUCUUGGGCCUUCUCUGUAUCGUCUGCGUCAUCAUCAUCAGUAGGCAGCCUGAGAGCAAAGAGGCGCUCACCUUCAAGGUCCCUCUUCUCCCAUGGUUGCCUCUCUUCAGUGUUUUCGUCAACAUCUACCUCAUGAUGCAGCUCGAUAUUGCCACAUGGUGCCGCUUUGCCGUUUGGAUGGCUAUUGGUUUUGCCAUCUACUUCGGCUAUGGUAUUAGGAACAGCAGCGAAGCUGCAAACCGCUCAUCGCCACGCAAAUAUGAGCCUUCGCUGCAAACCAAGAGUCCAAUUUACGUGGGCGCUCCUGAUGACAGUGACGCAGAAUCAGGCAGCAGCCCUUGAUACAAACUCACGUAGACCUGGGAAAUGUUGCAGAGCGUCGUCACUCAUCAGCUUAAAUGCUGUGGCCUGGAACACGAGCCCGGGUUUAAAGAGAGGAGAGGCGAGAAGACACCACACACAUCUUACCUCUAAUUUUGGAGGCUGUUUAACUUGAUGGCAAGACACUGUGACAGAGACACUUUCCAGCCUGUGUGUCUGUUAUUAAUCUUUCUUUUUUAGUAGUUAGCCUUAGCCCUCUGAAAAUAUCAACAUGCCUAUAACUCAUGCUUUUAACCGAACUAACAGUACCGCGCUGCUCCUUCGUCAUCAUUUUACAUCGUCAUUUCCCUCCUCUCCGUUAAUUAAGCGAGGAGCCGCCUGCCUGGUGAACAUGCACUACUGUGUACAACACUAAACAUUACAACUGAUACCAGUGAGUUUAUUAUCCUCGAGAGACGCUUAGCUCAGUGAGCUAGACUUCAGACUGUUCAAGAAAUAGGUUUCAUGCUGAGCACACACACAAACAGUGGUAGAGAAGAAAACUUGUUGCCUCUAGUAAAAAAAAAAAAGAAGCUUUCAGUAGAGUUGACUUGUCUAGUUUACCUGGUCCUUAUAUUGAUGAAGCAGUGUGAUUUACAGUGUCAUUCGGGGGCAGUGACAUGGUCACUGUGACCUGUGCUGCCUCUCGAGAGCAAAGUUCAAGCUUUACAUGUCGGAUGUGGCAUUAACGUCUAUAUUUUCCCGCUGGUCACAGGACAUCCAUGGUAUGAACAAGUCGCUUGUUACAAAUUGUAGUUGCAGCUUAAAAGCGUCAAAGUACCCUUUUGAACCACCAAGGACCUUGAAAUCAAGACCUGUAUUUGCUGUAGUGUAAACUGUUCUGUUACUCCAGUGUGUUUUUAAGUAUCUGUAUGCAGAUGUUCUGAUGGGUCAAUGGAGAAGUGUGUUUCCUUGUCUUAAAAAAAAAAAAAAAACAGAGUCUGGUUGACAUUGGUCCAACUCAUCCAUUGGUCAGCUCGGGUGUUGUUGAAGGAAGUUUAGCUCCGUUCUGAAUUGAAUGGACUUUCUUAUAUCAUCACCAAAAAAUAUCAGCUUUUUAAAAACUUCCUUGUGUUUACUUUCACAAAGGUUCUUCUUUAGUUUCAAUUGAAACUUGUUCUCGGCAGCUUUGUCUGUUGAGCUUCAAUCGCGUUUGUUUUUACUACUGUAUUUACUUUUUUUCUCCCUUAUAGAAAUGUUAAUAUUUAAAUGUUUAUAGUAUUGUUUGUUUAUUUGCGAAAGCUUAUGUUUUGCUAUUUCAGAUCAAUAUACAUAUGAUUUGUAGAUGCUCAUGUGUUGUAACUGUCAUAUACAGAUUUUAGAGGGUGUUUUUUUUUUAAUCUCUUUACAUUUAGUGUAUAUAUACUUUCAUUGAUGAAAUGAUUUCCGUUCACCAAAUGAUUUGCUUGCAAUAGUAUUUUCCUGAACAAAUGAAAUUGUUAUUGGAAAUGUAACCGCUCUCCAAAACAAAUGACCACUUAAAGCUGGUCUCUAAAUUAUUUUAAAAAAAUAUUUAAUUUUUUUUUUUCUGUCCUCUAGAGUCCGAUUGUUAACUUAUUGUUAACUUAUUG